AAAAUGGCGGCCGCGGCGAUGGAGGCGUGGUGGGCCUUGAUGCUGCUGUUCUCGCUGCCGCUAGUCCGGACCUUCUACGUCCCCGGAGUCGCUCCUCAGGACUUCCACGAAGGUCAUAAAGUAGAAAUUAAGGCAGUGAAGCUGACCAGCUCCCGUACGCAGCUUCCAUACGAAUACUACUCGCUGCCUUUCUGUAAGCCGGACUCUGUUCUGUAUAAAGCAGAAAACUUGGGUGAGGUUCUGCGAGGGGACCGUAUCGUGAACACUCUGUACGAAGUUCAGAUGAGCAAAGACAAGAAGUGCGAGACGAUGUGCAGCAAGAAGAAGCUCAGCGUCCAGGAGAGUCAGCUGGUGGCCGAGCGCAUCCGGGAGGAAUAUUACGUUCACCUGAUCGCGGACAACCUUCCAGUUGCCACCAGGUUGGAGUUUUACUCGAACAAAGAAACCGGAGGAGAAGAGGAACUGAAGGAGAAGCCGGACGUCCAGUUUGAACACGGUUACAGACUGGGCUUCGUGGAAAACACCAAGGUUUAUCUGCACAACCACCUGUCCUUCAUCUUGUACUUCCACCGAGAGAAAGUCGAGGAAGAGGAGGUUCACAACUACAGAGUGGUGCGAUUUGAGGUCGUUCCCCAAAGUGUCCGAGUGGAAGAUCUUAAGGCUGCAGAAACAGACAAGACGUGCACCCUGCCUGAGGUCAGUGGUUCUGCACCUCUGGAGAUCGACCCGAAGAAAGAGAACGAGGUCCUCUUCACCUACUCAGUCCACUGGAUGGAGAGCGAGGUGAAGUGGGCGUCUCGUUGGGACACCUACCUGACCAUGAGUGACGUCCAGAUUCACUGGUUCUCCAUCGUCAACUCCGUGGUGGUCGUCUUCUUCCUGUCCGGUAUUCUGAGUAUGAUCAUCAUCAGGACUUUAAGGAAGGACAUCGCCAACUACAACAGGGAGGACGACAUCGAGGACACCAUGGAGGAGUCGGGAUGGAAGAACGUCCACGGCGACGUGUUCAGGCCGCCGCAGUAUCCCAUGAUCCUCAGCUCUCUGCUGGGCUCUGGGAUCCAGCUCUUCUGCAUGGUGUUGAUCGUCAUCUUUGUCGCCAUGUUGGGGAUGUUGUCUCCGUCCAGCAGGGGCGCCCUGAUGACCACGUCCUGCUUCCUCUUCAUGUUCAUGGGGGUGUUCGGGGGUUACUUCGCCGGCAGACUGUACCGCACACUGAAGGGCCACCGGUGGAGGAAAGGAGCUUUUUGUACGGCCACUUUAUAUCCCGGAGUCGUUUUUGGAAUCUGCUUCGUCUUGAACUGCUUCAUUUGGGGCGAACACUCCUCCGGAGCGGUCCCCUUCACCACCAUGCUGGCCCUGCUGUGCAUGUGGUUCGGUAUCUCCAUGCCGCUGGUCUACCUCGGGUAUUACUUCGGCUUCCGCAAACAGCCGUACGACAACCCGGUCCGGACCAACCAGAUCCCCCGGCAGGUCCCGGAGCAGCGCUGGUACAUGAACAAGUUUGUUGGAAUCCUCAUGGCCGGGAUCUUACCGUUCGGCGCCAUGUUCAUCGAACUCUUCUUCAUCUUCAGCGCCAUCUGGGAGAACCAGUUUUAUUACCUGUUCGGCUUCCUGUUCCUGGUCUUCAUCAUCCUGGUGGUCUCCUGCUCCCAGAUCAGCAUCGUGAUGGUUUAUUUCCAGCUCUGCGCCGAGGAUUACCGGUGGUGGUGGAGAACGUUCCUGGUGUCAGGAGGUUCCGCUUUCUACGUUCUUAUUUACGCCAUCUUCUACUUCGUCAACAAGCUGGACAUCGUGGAGUUCAUCCCGUCCCUCCUGUACUUCGGUUACACCACCCUGAUGGUUCUGACCUUCUGGCUGCUCACCGGCACCAUCGGUUUCUACGCCGCCUACAUGUUCGUCAGGAAGAUCUACGCCGCGGUCAAGAUCGACUGAUUCGUGCGCUCACGUUCUCAGACUCGUUUGUUUUUCCUCACUUUUUAUUUUUUAUAGUUUUUUUGUUGGAGCACGGAC